AUGGCCGCGAUACUUGGGGGCGGGGGUGAAGAUGGCCUCGGCCAACUGGGGCAGUUUCCCCUCGAACAGUGGUUUUUUGAGAUGCCGCCUUGCACCCGGUACUGGACGACGGCAACGGUUAUUACAUCUAUAUUGUUGCAGUGCAAAGUCAUCACACCAUUUCAGUUGUUUUAUUCAUGGCGUGCCGUCUACUAUAAGUCGCAGUAUUGGCGACUGUUAACUACGUUCAUAUACUUUGGUCCGCCGUCACUGGACCUAGCCUUCCAUGUGUUCUUCCUUCAGCGAUAUUCUCGACUGCUAGAACAAGGCUCUGGGGCCUCACCAGCCGUCUUCUCUUGGCUGCUAUUAUACGCAUGCACGUCGCUGCUAGCCUUGAGCUCACUUACUACAUCCAUCCCAUUCCUGGGCUCGGCACUAUCCAGCACUCUUGUAUACAUCUGGUCACGACGUAACCCCGACACUCGACUGAGCUUUCUCGGCGUUCUUGUCUUCACCGCCCCUUAUCUCCCGUGGGUUCUAAUGGCCUUCCACAUGUUUAUGCAUGGCAGCAUUCCCAAGGACGAGAUACUCGGUGUGAUCGUGGGCCAUGUCUAUUACUUCUUCGCGGAUGUUUGGCCUGGUUUGCAUGAGGGCCAACGACCGUUGGACCCUCCUGAUUUCUGGGUCCGCUUAUGGGAGGGUCGACGCGACGAAACUGGUGUGCGAAACAUUGACGGUGACGUGGCAGCUGCAGCAGCUCGGCCGGGCGAAGUACGGUGA